GAGAGGUAAAGGCGGAAACCAGGAUGCGAAGGUCCCAAGCAGCCUUCGAGGACGCCCGGAUCUUCCUCUCCCCGCUUCACUACGCGGUCUCAAACGGGGACCUCGCCCGCGUCAACGACCUGCUCGAAACGGGGUCGGACGUCAAUUACAUCGGGAUCGGAAGAACCGCCCUCCACUAUGCCUCCGAGACCGGGAACCUCGACAUCGUCGAAGCUCUUCUCGGCGCCGGCGCGAACAUCAGAUCUCUCACCAUCGAGUCGCAUGGGCCGGGCCGAAACGCCCUGCAGAUUGCCUACAGGCACGGCCACACCGAAGUCGUCCGGAAACUCAUUCAGCUUGGAGCAUCUGUCGAACGGAUAUCGCUACUCCAUCUUAGUUUGUUGUUGUAUGACGUAACUACGGUUGACGAGAUUCUACGAGAGUGGAAACGUGAUGUCAAUCUGCGGGACUGUUACAAUCAGACGUCAUUGCAUGUCGUUGCAAAGCAGGGCUUUAUCACAUUGGCGAGAAAACUUCUUCAAACUAACGUCUGUCACCAUACGGUGAAUGCCUACGACUGCGAUGGCAUGACAGCAUUUUCUUACGUCAUCAACGCCAGGGAACGCCUGCUUCGAAAGAGGACUGCAGCUGCGGAAGCUGCAAGUGACAGCGAUGCGCCCAGGGAGCUCCCGAGUUAUGAGGAACUGAUGGGCAGGGGUGCCAAUGACGUCAGGAUGUGCAAAGAGGAUGGAUAUAUCACAUUUCUGAAAUUAUUGUUGGAUAAUGGUGCUGAUGUUGGCUUGGAAUUGGAUGACCAGGGCUUCGGUCUAUUACACAAGGCCGGUGAGAGCGGGGACAUAGAAUUAGUAAAGUUACUUCUUGAAUAUGACACGACGACACUUGAAAGUGCAGCGAAUAUGCUUGAAAAAACGGCUCUGUAUUGCGCAUGUGAGAGUGGCCAUGAGGACAUCGUUCGAGCCUUGUUGGAAAAGGGCGCCAACCCGAAUCCAAAAUUUGACAAAUAUGGCCGCUUACACAUUUACCCGCUAGACGUCGCUGUGCGCAGGAAUCAGUAUUCGAUGGUUGAAAUGCUGCUUAGUAGUGGCGCAAAAACUGACGUAUUUGAUCCAGAUGACGGGAACGCCCCCAUCCAUGUGGCCGUUAUCAACCAAUCAAAUGACAUUGUUGAGUUGUUAUUGACGCGAGGGGCAUCGCUUGACAUCCGCAGCAAAUUUGACAAAGAGACAAUUCUACACUUGGCAUGGAAACACAACAACAUGGCCUUGUUUGACAACCUUCUCGACAAUCACCAAGGAAUCAUGGACAAAACAAACAAACAGGGGCAGACGACAUUUCUAUACGUCCUCACCGAUUUCAUUCAGGGUAGAUUUCAUCAAUCGACAAUCACAGAACGCUACCUCACUCCACUCAGAGAGCUUAUAAACCACGGCUGCCUAUUACUGAGCCCGAAACAACAUAGGUGCAGGCUGAACGUCAUGAACGUAAUAUCUGACGUGUACAAUCAAGAGAACCACGAUAACCUCGGUCAUGACGUCACUCGGUUCCUCCUCGGGGCAGCAUCGGGAAGGUUCGAGUCUCUGGAUGAGAAAUUUCUCAUCGAUCUCUGCUUCUUCAGGAACGUCGACCUGCUCAAGUUCUGUCUGUCAUGUGGGUAUAACCUGCACAAAACAAACGCCAGGGAUUCAGAGUUAGUCGCUGUUGUUGAUCGGAAGCCCAGGACGCUCAAGGAGCAAUGUCGGCUGGAGGUACGACGGGUGUUGUUUAGUGUUCAGGACAUAGAAAUGGAAAAAGAAGAGGAACACGCCAGAAGGUCAUUCAAACGUUUUGUAAAUGCUUUCCAUCCCCGAAAGAAGCGAAUUGGGCAUGCGCGAAGUCUGCAGUUCCGAAGAGUACAGGAACUUCCGGUUCUGACCGAUGAUGUGAAAAACUAUGUGGCAUUUCAAUAAUUGUCCUGGAUUAUACUAGUAACCGGUAUUCACUUCAGGAAUAUAUUGAAAUAAAAUGUAUAUCAUGCCAUACACAUGUCAUAGAUGAAGCAUAUUUGCCCGGAGUUUACCGUGAAAAUAGAGUCAGUGCCGUGAAAAUACAAUCAGUAAUGCCAAGUAAACGCAACCAAGGAAGAAGGUACAUGCAUAUUGGUGUAAGGUUACAUGUAUCUUGGCGUUCUUGCGGAUUAACUAAAGAUGAAAACGCCAAGAUAGCACAAACGUCAAAAGUGACGUAACUUGUUUUAAACAUCCGAAUCGAAUAGCACUGGGUUCGAGUAAUUUCAAAAAUAUCGAGCGUGUCAAAUUCGGUAGGCUACUGUUAGUGGUAAUUAUGUCUUUUACCCCAUUUCAAACAAGAAAUGCUAUGAUAGGACAGCGCGGAUUACAAUCAUUAGUUGUGAGCAGGGUUUUUGGUGAAACAACCAAUACCUCCAGCGUCUUAUCAAUUUCUAUUCUAAACACCUCACCUAAACACUGAAGUGGUUUUUUUAUUGCUUUAGUAUUUUUCACCAACCAACUGCGGUUACGGUUGCCUAACGACAAUCACUGCCACCAGAACGAGGCACAGUGCUCAUACACUGUAAACUAUACAUCGUAACCACGGGUCUCUAUACCACAUACCGUAAUCCGCCACCGUACAGUAUAGGGAUGAUAAUUAGUCGUAUUGCUUUCUUCGGCGACUGGCGAGGAAAACAUUAAAAAUGUGCCUCUUGUAAGGAUAGUAAAAAUAUUAUAAUAGCUCAAUAGUCGAUGGUAGUAAUUGUGAUUUAGCCGACUGGCUGUCGGGUCUUCUCUGCAUCAUUGGUGACCUCUGGAUAGAUCAUUAUCUCAUGGUGCCGUUUAUGGAUAGAGUGAGUGGGUUCGACUGAAAUUCCACCAAACGAUUGUCAUUUGAAGUAGGCUAAUUGUGAUAUAUUCACUCAUGGUACUGGAUAGAUAGGUUAUUUUGCAUGCUUGUAACGUCUUUCGUACAGUGCACAUUUACACGCGUUGAUAAAAUUUGA